AUGCUUCUCAGCCAUCUUCGCGAAGUUGACCCUCGCUCGCGCUCGUGGCUCCACUUGUGGGCGCCGGCCUUCACGGUCGGUCUCCUCGGUAUCUCGCGUGGUCUCGACGAGGGUUUGAUCUCCGGUAUCAUCAACCAAAAGAGCUUCAAGGUUUCUUUCGACUUUGAAGAGGGAUCCGAGGUCGAGAACAGCAUUGCCUCGAUGCUUCAAGCCGGCUCCAUCGUGGGUUCUUUCCUCGCUUUCAUCGUCAGUGACCUUCUCGGGCGCAAGAAGACCUCACAGAUGGCAUGCAUUCUCUGGAUCAUCGGCUCCGUCGUCUGGUUCACCAGUGUCCACGGUCACUCCGGUGACGGCAACCUCUCGCAGCUCCUGGCUGGUCGCUUCAUCGCUGGUUUGGGAGUCGGUAUGACGCCCGUCUGUGCUCCUACCUACCUCGUCGAGAUUGCUCCCCGUGCUAUUCGUGGUCUCGCUGUAUGCAUCUUCUCCGCCUCCGUCUACAUCGGCAUCCUCCUCGGCUACUGGGUCAACUACGGCACCUCGCUCCACAUCUCCAACACCAACUCGCUGCAGUGGCAGGCGCCUGCCAGUCUCAACUUCGUCGUCGCCGGCCUCAUCUUCAUUGGCUGCUUCUUUAUCCCUGAGUCGCCGCGUUGGCUCCUCAAGGUCGGCCGCCGUGAGCAGGCUCGCAAGUCCCUCUACUGGCUGCGCAAUUGUGGCGACAACGACGCCGUCGUCGUCAACGAAUUUGAGACUAUCUGCGAGCAGCUCGACAAGGAAGCUGAGGCUCGUGGCAACCGUGCUUGGUACCACAUCUUCUGGCAGAUGCUUCGUACGCCUCGCAACCUGCACAUCCUCGCCAUCGGUAUUGGUAUUCAGGUCUUCGGCCAGUUCUCUGGCGGUGGAUCCAUGACAGUCUUCGCGCCCAAGCUCUUCGGCUACGUCGGUAUCACGGGUAGCCAGACGAAGCUGUUCACGACGGGCAUCUUCGGUGUCGUCAAGCUCGUAUCAUCCAUGGCCGCUGCCUUCUUCAUCAUUGACCUGGCAGGACGCAAGACCGCCGUCAUGGCGGGUCUCUCGCUUCAGGCCUUCUGCUCGCUUUACCUCUGCAUUUACCUCAAGUACAACUACAACGUCGACGCUGCGACCGAGACAAAGGGUCAGAAGAUGGCGAGUGAAGCUGGAAUCGCUAUGAUCUUCCUCUCGGGCUUGGCGUGGGCCAUAGGAGUCAACUCUGUCCAAUACCUUUCACAGUUCGCCUUUUCGUUAAAGCCAAGAACUGAACUCUUCAGCCUGGAGGUCCGAGCUCUCGGCGUAGGCUUCAUCUCGAUCAUCCACUUCCUCUGCCAAUUCGGCUCCUCCCGCAGCGUCAACCCCAUCAUUGCCUCUGGCGGUCCAUGGUCGCUGUUCCUCUUCUUCUUCAUCAUGUCGAUCGCGGCGCUGAUCUUCGUCUUCUUCAUGAUGCCAGAGGUAUCGGGCUACCAGCUCGAGCAGAUCAAGGAGCUCUUCGAGUCCAAGCCCUGGUACCUCGUCGGCGCCACGCAGAACAGGCCCCUCCGCGUCAAGGACGAGGCUGCCAUGGGCGACGAUGUGCCUCAGCUGGGCAAGCAGAGCCAGAUGGAGGAGGACAGGCAGCGCGCUGCUGCUGUAGAGGAGAAGGAGGGAAGCCAGGAUGGGCACAACGACAAGGAGGAGCAGGACAAGAAGGAGCAGGACCAGAUUGUCACUCGUACCACGACCGCCUAA